AUGCCACCCGCCACUAAAAGUUCCGGAAAGAAUUUAGAAACUGAAACACCUUUGUACGCUGUAUUACUUGCAGACAGUUUUAAUGAACGUUUCAGACCCAUAACACUCGAGAAACCCAGAUGUCUUUUACCCUUGUGCAAUACUCCCCUUAUAGAAUAUACUUUAGAAUUUCUUGCCGUAGCUGGUGUACAAGAAGUUGUUUUAUUCUGUCGAGAACACGCUGAUCAAAUAAAAGCUUAUUUAAAUGCAUCAAAAUGGAAUCGACCACAUUCACCAAUAAAGAUAACCACUAUUAUUACACCGGAGGCACGCUCAGUUGGUGAUGUUUUACGCGAAUUAGACGCGAAACAGUUAAUUGAUUCCGAUUUUAUACUUGUCUGUGGUGAUGUGGUGUCAAAUAUCAACCUUGAGCAGGUGUUGGAAGCUCACAGGGAGCGAAAAUUGGUUGACAAAAAUGCAAUCAUGACCAUGGUUGUCAAAGAAGCAAGUCCGUUUCAUCGAACAAGAGCAUUUAGCGAAUCCUCAAUAUUUGUAUUAGAUGGACAAACCAAUGAAUGUGUACAUUACGAAGCUGUUGAAAUAUUCCCGCGAAAACGGCGUAUGGUCAUGGACCUUGAAGUAUUCCAAAAACAUACGGAUGUUCAAAUAAGGAAUGAUUUGAUUGAUUGUCAAAUUGAUAUCUGUUCUGUUGAGGUUCCUGCUCUAUUUACCGAGAAUUUUGACUACCAAGAUAUUCGAAAUGAUUUUGUCUAUGGAAUCCUAACAUCGGAUCUACUGGGUAAAACAAUAUAUUGUCACACAGUAAAAGACGCGUACGCCGCACGAGUAAGAAGCUUACAAACCUAUGAUGCAAUCAGCAAAGAUAUGUUAUCACGCUGGACAUAUCCGAUUGUACCAGAUAGUAAUUUGCAAGCGAGAGAUGGCUAUGAAUUUAUGCGCGGACAAAUAUACAAAGAACAAGAUGUAGUGUUAGCAAGAUCCUGUGUCUUGGGUGAGAGAAUUUUGAUUGGAACUGGAACAGAAAUUGCUGGAAACUCUCAAAUAACGAAUACCGUUAUUGGACGACGGGUGAAGAUUGGACCCAAUGUUAUAAUUGACGGUGCUUACAUUUGGGAUGACGUGACAAUCAAGGCAAACUGUUCUGUAUCAAGAUCGAUAUUAGCCAAUGGUGUGGUUCUCGAAGAAAAAGUUAUAGUCAAUAAAGGAUGUUUAUUGUCAUUCAAUGUAGUCGUUGGUCCCAAUAUCACCUUGGCUCCGUAUACGAAAUUGACUACUCGUUUAGCAUCACCCCAAUAUGAUGGCGACGAAGAGGGAGAGAGGGAAGUUGUGAAAGUUGAUGCAGAGGACAAUCAAGACGAGGAAAUAAGAAAAACAGAAUAUGAUCGUCAAGUAAUCGGGGCUCUAGGCAUCGGAUACCUCUGGAAAGACGAAAAUUUGGAGGAGGAUGACCAGGAUCCUAGAAAUCUACAAGUCUCUUCAUUAGCAUACGAUUUGUCAACUCUGAAAAUGUCUGGUAGUGAAUCAUCAGCAUCGGUUAUAAGUGAUGAUAGUGAAGAAGAAAGUAGUGAUACAGAACAACAAAGACAACGUAAAGAGGAAGAAGAUGAUGACUUCUCACGUGAAGUUGCACAGACACUUGAGCGUGCUUUCGCAGAAGGUCACACCGUUGAAAAUACGGUAUUAGAACUAAAAGCGUUAAAGAUGGCGUCAAAUGCCACGUUUCAUGAUUUAAGAACAGUUGUUAUACCAUGUGUUUUGGGCCAAAUUGACACACAAAAAUUUCUUUUCGCUAACCAAAAAGAAUUUGCCUCUCACGUUCUUACUCAAUGGUCACCUCUUAUUUCCGAAGUGAUUCAUUCGUCAUUUGAUCAACUCGAUGCAUUAUAUAUCCUUCAGGAGCAUUGUGCUGCACGACAAGAAUCACAUGCACGAUUACUAGCACCUUUACUUCAACAACUUUACGAAUUGGAGGUGGUGGAGGAAGACGCGAUCAUUGUUUGGUAUAAUUCGGACCGUGCCAAAGGAGUAGGAGCAGGAUUAGCUACAAAACAACAAGAAAUUGUGGAGAAUAUCAAGAAGCUUAGAAAUAUGAUGACACCUUUUGUCAAGUGCUGA